AGCGCCAGCCUCCAAUGGGACCGCGCGGCGAGGGUGGGGCGUGGCGGCGGGCGGCCAUUGGGCGUGCGCCGAAGCGCCGCGCGGAGGCUGUGCGCGCGGGGCAUGACGGCGGCGGGCGGCGCGGGGCGGGCGCGCAGCGCCGCUCGGCACCGGCCGUUCCCCUCCAGCAUCCUCGGCGGUGGCUCCGCUCCAGCAGCCGACACACGGGAUUGAAAUGACCUUGAACGCCGGGAACAAGGGCAGCUCGCCGGAUCCCGCCCGGGCUUGCUCGGGCCGAGGCAGCCCGGUUGCAAGAGCCUCCCCCCGCCUCUGAUCCUCUUUCUUUUUUUUGGGAGGCAAAAUCCCCGUCUUGCUCUCUCUCGCCUGCACCGUGCGCUUCCCCCUCGCUUGCGCCGGCAGCGGGGAGGGGAUCCAGCGAAAAUCCAACGCCGCCGGAGGAGCUCGUACCGGACACUUCCCAGGACGGAUCCCAGUGCUGCCGCCAAACUGAUGCAUGAAAAAGCAGCUCCCCUGAAGAGCCCCGAGCCCAUGCACGGCCGUGACAAGCUGGAGGCAUCGCACAAGGAGAAGAGUUUGGAUUCCCUCGACGGCAGCCUCCACCUGAACGAGGCCCUAAAAGAUGAAGAGAUCAAGAAGUGCCACCGGGAAGUGGCCGCUAGCAAGUACAACUCGCAGUACCACAAGCUGUUCAAGGACAUCCCGACGGAGGAGAGCGUGCUGAAAGUUUGCUCCUGCGCCCUCCAGAGAGACAUCCUCAUCCAGGGGAGGCUUUACAUCUCCCCCAACUGGCUCUGCUUCUACGCAAACCUUUUUGGGAAAGACAUCAAGGUUGUGAUCCCGGUGGUUUCCGUGCAGCUGAUCAAAAAGCACAAGACAGCUCGGCUGCUGCCCAACGGCUUGGCCAUCACCACCACCGCCAGCAGAAAGUACAUCUUCGUGUCCCUCAUCUCCCGCGACAGCGUCUACGACGUCCUGAGGAGAGUCUGCACCCACCUGCAGGUCUCAAGCAAGAAGAGCUUGAGUCUGAAGGAGCUGACGGAGGAGCCCGACGCCGUGUCGCUGGAGGUGAUCGUCCCUGAGGGCAAGUGGAGGAAGGUGUCACCCGCUUCGCUGUCACUGUCACUACCAGAUGCUGACUACCAGUGCAUUCACCGCACGUCCGUCAGCAGCCUGAGCGCCAAGGAGAGCUCCUUCACCUCCGAGGAGCCCCUGGUUUCGGAAAGUGCCAUCAACACCGAGGAGGAGCUGGAGGUGGAGCAGAGUUGCGUGGCGGAGCUGAGACCCUCCGACUACCAGCUCCUGAAGAUCUUCAUCGUGCUCAUCUGCCUCCUGGUCGUGUCCUCCUCCUACCUGGCGUUCCGCAUCUUCCGUCUGGAGCAGCAGCUCUGCUCCUUGAACCGGGACUACCUCUCCCGCGGGCACAGGAGGUGACCGUCACCCCCAGCGCUGGCUGAGGAUGGACGGAUGCCGCGACUGUGACACCCUCCGUACGGAUCCCGGUGCUGCGUCCGCCCGCUGUGACUGUCGCGUGUGGCCCGGCUUUCUCUCAGCUGGUAAAAUGGGACCAAGUAUCAUCUCUCUUCCUCCGGGCACCCGCUCCCGGCGGGACGGCCUGGCCGGCUCACGGCCACCGGUGCCGACUGCCCGUCCCCCUGGAAACCCAUUUUCUCCCCGGGACGCUGCUGCGCCGUAGCGCUGGACGAUGGCUCGGGGCUGCCGAGUGCUUGGACCUCCCCUGAGGACUUGCUGCUAAAACGGGUGCCGGUUUUUAUUCCAGAGUUAAGUUUUUCUUGUGAAAAGACUACCAUAGGCUCGCCGGGAACCCCGAAACAAUGCGGAUGAGUUGCUGCUGCUGCUCUGGGUGAAGCCCGGGCAGCGGCUUUGGGCUGGCCCCUGGAGGCAUGUCCUGAACUCUGCGGGGACAGUGCGACAGGGGCCACCAGCCCUGUGGGUGUCACUUCUCCCAUCACCCAGGGGUGGGGGUACAAUCCAGGGCCCCCCUCAGCUCUUCUCUCCUGGAGCACGGGGGCAUCUUGCGGUGUGUGUGUGUCCCUGCAAAGCACUUUAGGGUCCCCCCCGCCAAGACCAAGUGUCCUCACCGGGGACCACACCUGGGCACGGUGCUGGACCGGGGCUUCAUUAGCCCUAUUGCCUCGUUAAGGCGUCUCGACAGCAUCCGGGUGAAUGUCCCGGAUCGCGAUAUGUCCGUGUCCUGGUCACUGUUUAUCUCGUCACCACGCGUAUUUGUCCCCAGCCUCCCCCGGGAGCGCGCUGGGGUGGCAGGUGAUACCUGUGGGAUUUAUUCUGAUCUUUCUUUCCUGUUUUUUGGGAACUACAAGUGCUGAUGGGGCCAAAUCCCCGCGCCCUGGGGGCAAGAGCUCGCUGCUCCCUCUGGGCUCGGAACGGCUUUUACAUGAAAAUAAACCCAGGAUUUUCUAGCA